AUGACGACUCCUACCGAAACCCCUACCAUCGUAACGCUGAAGGACUCCGACUAUGGAAGAAUCCUCGGCACGAUUGAGAAUUGCGCGUUCAGCGAAACCGCCAUCCUCACCCCCGCGUACUCCCGAGAGAUCGACAACAUCCUCGGUGACAUGAGCGCGACUGUUGCUGCCAGCACUUCCCUCGCUGUGCACAUCAUAAAGACCACGAAGAUGCUAGAAGACGCCGCACUUCGUACAGAUAUAGACGAAGGAACUCGGACGCUCGCCAUGCUCCACCUUCAGAAAAGAAUCCGCGCAAUGGCGCUUCACCUCCUACCGCUCGACUUCCCCGACCUCGUGAACCUCGCGGUGAGGACGGCCUCAGCAAAGCCUCGCGCCAAAGAAGAAACUAGACCCGUGCGCCCCCUGCCCAGUAAAAAGAGAACGGCCACGAUGGAUAGAACCCGCACGCUCUGCAAGCGUUGCGGCGGAUAUGGGCACACUUUUAGACAGUGUCCUGAUUACGUCUGCUGCAUAUGCAGCGAGAUUGGACCGGAUCAUUUAUCGAUCCACUGCCCUGGACUCAAAGGACGCAUCGUGCUCCAAGAGUUUUCAGAUGAGGAGAAGUUCUUCGAAGCUCUCCUAGACUGGGAGCAGAACCAUAAAGCACUCGCCGACCUCGCGCUCGCCUUCCCCAUUCCACCUUCCCCUAUGCCCGCGACGCCGAUACCCAUGACGCCUGUGCCAGCAACUCCCUCGACACCCGCACCGUCCUCCCAGCCUUUGGACGUAGUGUUAAUUGAAGCCGGUGACUUCAACCUUAGUAACGGGGUAAUGUUACAGGGAUCUGUAACACCUACUAGAGCCCCAGCUCUCCCUACGCCUGCCCCCGCUCUGCUAGACUCCCCGCGCGGCGGUGCGCCGCCUGCGCCUAGAAAGACAGCGGUUUGGACCGCUAUGACCCCGCCUCAUGGCGCUAUGACCCCGCCUGAUGCUAUGACCCCGCCCCUGGCCUAG